CCAGAAUAAGCUGGCCAACGUCAGCUAGCUCAAGCCAGUAUACCUCUCUGGCAGUUCAUACCACAGGCACGGUUCAUCUGGGGACUAGUUCUGCUCACAGACGGCAUCACACUGUUAGGUUAGUAAGGACUGAGCAUGCAGGGCCUUUUCUGCUUGCUAAGGGGGACAUGUCAAGAACAAACAAUGUAGCGAGGAGUAGCUAGCAAAACAACAACACAAACAUCAAGGGGAGGGACAGCUGCACAUGUCUGUCUGUAUGUUUCUGGUCCAUACAUAGUUGCUAUUUAGGGAUACAGCCGUGAGUAAUAGCUCGUUUUUAUUCAUAACGUCACACGUCAAAAUGCAACGGAGCGAUGUAGUUAACGUUAGUUUAGAUACGCAGCCAGCUGGCUCCGUCUAAACUGAUUUCUGACUUGUUUGCUAACACGACGUGCGUCAUGUAGCUACAGAAAGGAUCCCUUAUCAGUUCGUCUGAUUGGUAUCUGUACUUAAAUUCCCGGUCAGAUCGGUUUGUAGUUAUCUACCUGUGUUUCUUCAAAUUAUUGUACUGGACCACCGUGCAUCGCUCCGCCCCCACAAGCAGUGAACUGGGGUAUCUGCCAGCCAUGUAUUCAUUUUCAGGCCCCACUAGCCUUCCUGAAUUUGAUCCCGGACCUCCAAGUACAUCUGGCCACCUACAGAGAGCAACACUCUCUAACAAAAGCUGGGAGACACGAUGCCUCAGAAAGCACAGGAGGAGAGUUGAUGAUGAAGGAUGCCUUGCCAAAAGGAGGAGGUUAAUGGUGGAGGCAGAAGUGGACAUUUCACAGAGCCCCAGUACUAGCACACGUCAUGACUGGCCUCCAAGAAACAGCUGCCCACCUCAGUGUGCACAACAAGUCAGCCCUACACUUCCACAGUCCACCCCGGCACCUCAGAACUUGAUUUUGCUGACGCCCUCCUCUGCCCUGUCCCGGCCUGACACAGAGAGCUCCUGCAUGGAGAUAGAGGCAGCUCAAAGGAAACUUAAGGAGAUUGAAAACAGAAUAAUGCUGGAGGAUGAUGAUGAGGAUGAAGAUCUUGAUGUAGAGCCAGCACCAAGACGGCCAGUGCUGGUGAUCUCAGACAGUUUAAAGGACGGUCUACAGCGUGGCAUCAGUGACAUCCUCCCCCAUACAGUAGCCCAAUCUGUGAGCCAUUCCUGCAUGGAGUUGGUGUUGUGGCGGCCACCAGAUGAUCCCUUCUGUCAGAGACUAAAGGGCACAUUACAGAAACAGCGUAAACAACAGACAGUAUCUCGGCAACCCCCGACUCCAUGUCCAUCUCCGACCCCUCACAGUCCCCUUAAUCCCUCUAGUCCACCUGUAGAUACACAUUCUCCUCUGUGCAGCUUUCCUGUGACUCACAACUCUGGGGAGGAGGACAUGGAAAUGUAAUAGUACAUGCCAAAGCAGAGGACUGGACAUGUAGUCACGUUAAAGACUAUAAAGGACUCAGAAACACUUUAAGUUGGUCCGUUUGGCAAGGCAUGUUGGCUUUACAUGAGUAUUGUGCUGUUCCGGACAGUUAGUGGAACACAUGGUCUGCUUUACAAUCACUUAGUUUUGAUUUUCUGACUAUAAUCCCGGGCAAUUACAACAAGACAUUUACUCAUUUAAAACUCAAUGGUGACAGUCACGAUUUCAAGACACUGAAAGGUUUUAUAGACUGCCUUACAUAACCUGUUUCAUAUAAUUUACAGGAAUUACGUUUGCCCUUUAGAAAUAAUAAUUCGUAUAUAAUUUUGCCAAAGCCUGGCCAACCCCACACUGAUGUACUGUAAAUUUAACCUUUUUUUGUUUGACAUCAGUGUUUGUAUAAAUUUUGUAUUUUUAUGUUCAGUUUUGGGCAUAGUUAACAGGACACUAAAUUGCUCCAGUGUGUUCACAUUUGCUCACAGCAUGACUUUCUGCUUGCAGUUGUACUUGUUGUGGUAGAAAGAUUAAGAUUAACUUCCUAUAGUGCUUAGCAAGUACACCAUCUGUGAGCUUUGAGAAAAUGUCUAAAGAAGUCAUGGAAAUGCACCUUUUAUGAUUUGAUUGUAUUUUCAUAUAUAUGUAAUAUAUAUCACUGGAAUUGGAACCAGCCAUUGAGUGUUAUUACUUU